AUGCAGAUGAUAACCUUAUUUACUGAAAGUGGGGCUAUUUGGAAGUCCUGGGUGCAGAAGAUAACAGCAAAGAACAAUGAAGAUAGAAAAGAGGGCUACCCAGCUGUUAAAACUCUUGUUACCUUGGGCAAAGAAGACUUAUCCAUUAAGAUAAGUGACCAGGGUGGUGGUGUCCCACUCCGAAAAAUAGAUCGCCUUUUUAACUACAUGUAUUCGACUGCACCCAGACCUAGCCUGGAGCCCACCAGAGCUGCCCCGUUGGCUGGAUUUGGUUAUGGUCUGCCAAUUUCUCGUCUGUAUGCUAGAUACUUCCAGGGAGAUCUAAAACUGUAUUCCAUGGAAGGAGUGGGCACUGACGCUGUCAUUUAUUUGAAGGCUCUUUCAAGUGAAUCAUUUGAGAGGCUUCCGGUUUUUAAUAAGUCAGCAUGGCGCCAUUACAAGACCACACCUGAAGCUGAUGACUGGAGCAAUCUUAGCAGCGAACCCAGAGAUGCUUCAAAAUACAAAGCUAAACAGUAA